AUGUCAUCCUUCAUACACUACCGGUUCGUUUCGUCUACAAACGCACAGAAACUUACGUUUGAGGGCGCAAGCAUACCUUUAUGGGAGCUACGUACCGAAGUAAUCAAUGUGGAGCGUAUGACCGCCAAGGACUUCGAUCUUCUGUUUUUCAUCGAUGACAACCAACUAACGAACGAGAGCACACCGGUGUACAGGAACACAACAGUAAUUGUCAAGCGCAUUCCAAUAUGGAUGAGUAAAACAACCAUAGAACCUAAGAAACACUCAAAGUAUGUUCCUAGGCUGCCGCCCAAUUACAUCUGUUUUCGUUGUGGACAGAAGGGCCAUUUCAUACAGCACUGUCCGACCAACGACGAUAAGAACUACGACCUGCUACGGAUCAGAAAGGCAACCGGCAUACCGAAAGAUUUUCUGAAGCCGGUCAAGGAGAAAGAGGGCACGUCGCUGCUGGUCACACAGGAGGGUAGCUACGUGCAGGCACAGCCUCAGAUUCACAUGUUCAAAGUACACGGGCAGAUUAACGUUAGCAGUGACAGGUUGGUGUGCCAGUAUUGCACAUCGCUCAUGAAUGAACCGGUGAGCACGGAGUGCGGACACACAUUUUGCAAGAAUUGCGUGAUUUUCAACGAAUGCGUGGUUUGUGGCAGAAAAGUAGGCAAAAUUACGGAAAGAGGCGAUCUUGGAGAAGAAAUAGAGCGAUAUGUUGAAAAUGGAUAGGAAUGCGAUGCCUUAUGGUCUAUAAGUGGUUGCAUAUACACUAUGUAGCAUUAAAAAUGGUUCUAACCGA